CCCGCCCAGUCGGGGGGCUGGGCCAGCUGCGGACCGGGCGCGCAAAGAAGAGGAGGAGGAAGAAGAAGAAGAAAAAGAGGAGGAAGAAGAAGAAGAGGAGGAGGAGGAGGAGAAGGAAGAGGAGGAAGAGGAUGGAGCUGCCCGCCUUUCUCCCGUAGCUGCCCGCCGGCAUGAAGGGGCAGCCGCCGCCGGGCUCCAGCGGCGGGCGGAGGCAGCGGGAGCCAACCGUGGCCGCCGCCGCCGCCGCCGCCGGAGGAGCGAGCAGGGGAAGGAGCAGCAGCACCAUCGGCGGCGGCAAGAGGAGGAGGAGGAGGAGGAGGAUGCGCCCCUCCGGCUGAGCCGCGCCGGCUUCUUCCCCUUCGCCAGACGGUCUCCGCGCCCAGCGCGCCGGGCAGGCGAGGGAAGAUGCCUUUGGACAAGGUCUACUCGGUGCUGGAAGUGUUCUUGAUAACAAUCCUGGUGGUGGAAGGCAUCGCUGUGGCUCAAAAAACACAAGUUGGGCGGGAUCUUGGAAAUAACCGCAUGGGAUCUACUCAGUGUAGUGACUGGGUUCGAACAAGCAAUGGAGGCCACUUUGCUUCAUUCAACUUUCCUAACUUCUACCCACCCAACCAGGAAUGUGUCUAUAUUUUAGAAGCUGCCCCACGGCAAAGAAUAGAGUUGACAUUUGACGAACCGUUCUUCGUCGAGCCUUCCUUCGAAUGUCGAUUCGAUCAUCUGGAAGUUCGAGAUGGACCUUUUGGGUUCUCUCCGCUCAUCGAUCGCUAUUGCGGUCUGAAAAGCCCGGCCCCGAUUAGGUCAACAGGAAGAUUUAUGUGGAUCAAGUUUACUUCGGAUGAGGAAUUGGAAGGACGAGGAUUUAAAGCCAAGUAUUCAUUUAUACCAGAUCCUGAUUUCACCCACCGAGAAGGUAUUUUAAAGCCCAUCCCAGAUUGCCAAUUUGAGCUCUCCGGAGCCGAUGGCAUAGUACGCUCCAGCCAGGUAGAACAUGGAGAAAAAGUCAAACCUGGGGAAGCCGUUGACUGCAUAUGGACAAUUAAGGCGACUCCAAAUUCCAAGAUCUAUUUGAGAUUUCUGGACUAUCAAAUGGAGCACUCCAACGAAUGCAAGAGAAACUUUGUGGCCGUCUAUGAUGGAAGCAGUUCCAUUGAAAACCUGAAAGCCAAGUUUUGCAGCACCGUGGCUAACGACGUGAUGCUUCAAACAGGAACCGGGGUGAUACGCAUGUGGGCGGACGAAGGGAGUCGGUUAAGCCGGUUUCGGAUGCUUUUCACCUCAUUUAUGGAUCCUCCCUGUUUAGGUAGUACCUAUUUCUGCCAUAGCAACAUGUGCAUCAAUAAUUCCUUGGUUUGCAAUGGCAUUCAGAACUGUGCAUAUCCAUGGGAUGAAAAUCAUUGCAAAGAAAAGAAGAAAACGGGAUUAUUCGAACAGAUCACCAAAACUCACGGGACGGUCAUUGGAAUUACUUCAGGGAUCGUCUUGGUCCUCCUCAUCAUUUCCAUCCUGGUGCAGAUCAAGCAACCUCGCAAAAAAGUCAUGACCUGCAAAACCACCUUCAACAAAACCAGCUUCCAGGAAGUUUUCGACCCUCCCCACUACGAACUCUUCUCCCUGAGGGACAAAGAGAUUUCCGCCGAUUUGGCUGACCUCUCCGAGGAACUGGAAAACUACCAGAAAAUGAGGCGCUCCUCCACCGCCUCGCGGUGCAUUCACGACCAUCACUGCGGCUCGCAAGCCGCCACGGCCAAGCAAAGCAGGACCAACCUGAGUUCCAUGGAACUCCCUUUCCACAACGAUUUCGCGCCUCCGCAGCCGAUGAAAACCUUCAACAGCACCUUCAAGAAAAGCAGUUACACGUUCAAGCAGGCUCACGAAUGUCCCGAGCAGGUGAUCGAAGACCGAGUGAUGGAGGAGAUCCCUUGCGAAAUCUACGUCCGGGGUCGCGAAGAGGCGGCUCAGGGUACCUUAUCGAUGGAUUUUUAAUCUCCUCGGAAAGCAGGAACCCGGGGCGUGUGAAUAGAUGUACAUGUAUAGACGAAACGAAACAAAACUUGCCGGUGUACAAAGGUGUACCAUACGGGGGAAUUUGAUGGAGACGUAAAAAUUCAUACUUUUUUAAAAGCUUGUUCGGUUUUUUUUUUUCCAAGCCUGAAAGGAUUCUGUAAAUCUUUUUUUCUCCUUUCCUUUGGAAUUAUCCAUCUGAUGAAAGGAACAACCCAAAGUUUUGCAUGGGGCUCCAGUUAGCUGACAUUAAAAACACAACCAACUCAAAUGUCAAAAGUCCUCUGUGAUGGCCAAUUGUCUCUAUUGCUUCCGUUCCUUUGCCUUUCCUUCAGAACUACCGGUUUGCAGCCAGAAGUUUAAUUUGUUUUUCUUAAAAAAGUGGGCGCCAUACCAAGGAGUAAUAUUAAUAUUCAGUAUCGAUAUUGAAACACGGAGCUACUCUUUGGCAAAUACGAUUAAGAGUGCUUGUCGUAAGUGCCACUAUCUCAGACUCAACUGUCAAUCACCUUGGUUUGUUUGAGACACAGGCAGUCCUCGACUUAUAACCGGAAAUUUUCAUGGCUCAGCAAUGGGGUUGUUGAAUGAAUGGCUCCCAGUUUUGCGACCUUUUCGUUCAGCGAAACAUUGCACCUGUGUUAAGUGAAGGUCGUUGGGCAAAUUAUUUAUUUAUUAAAUUAUUAAAUCCAGCUUUCUCCCUGGACCUUGCUUGUUAGAAGCUGGGAAGGUCAUCAGUGAUGAUUGCAUGACCCUGCAACCGUCAUAAAUACAUGGCAGUUGCCAAGUGCCAAAAUUUUGAUCAUGUAACUGUAGGAAUACUGCAACAAUCAUAAAUGCGAGGACCAGUUUUUCAGUUUCAUUGUAAUUUCAAAUGGUCAGUAAAUGGAUGGUUGUAAGCCAAGGACCACCUGGAGCGGCCUUUUAAAUGUUGUCGAUUCUGCUUUUCAUAUUGAUGCCUUUUUAUUGUUCCUCUAUAGCUCAGUCUUAUUGUCUUCUGUGCCUGCAGUAGAUUGGUCUUUCAGCUGCCUUUAGAAUAUAGAAUAGAAUAUAGAAUAACAGAGUUGGAAGGGACCUUGGAGGUCUUCUAGUCCAACCCCCUGCUUAAGCAGGAAACUCAAUACUAUUUCAAACAAAAAAGACCCUUUGUGUGUAACACUGUGCCAAUGUUUUGAGGAUCCGAUACCAGCUGAGAUAUUCAGGAUAAGCCUAGGUCUUAUGAAUACCUUCAUUCUGAGAAACUCAUUCACCAAUGGAGCAAUUUCGCGGGUUGUAGAGAUCACUCCCCUCUGGCCGCUGUAGGUAACCCUGGGAGACAACCUUGAAAGAGAUAUAUCUGGAAUGCGUUUCUGUUUUUGGCUGCCAUGCUGCUUUGUCAGUUUCCCAACCCCCUUGCCUAUGGCAACUCGAGAGCAGGGCAGGGAUGCUUUGCGAGUUGACAUCUUAUACGUUUCAAUCAUGUUUUACUAAUUUUUUCAAAGUAUAGAUCGUUCUGAACUUAGAACACUUCAUUUAAGUUACAACGGCACUGUGACUUAUGACCAUUUUUCACACUUACGACCAUUGUAGCAUCCCCAUGGUCAUGGGAUCUAAACUCAGAUGCUUGGCAACUGACUCAUAUUUAUGACGGUUGCAGUCUACCAGGGGCACAUGAUCUGCUUUUGCGACCUUCUGACAAGCAAGAUUGACUUAACAGCCACGUUACUAACUUAACAACGGUGGCAAGAAAGCUUGCAAAAUGGGGCAAAAUUCAGUUAAUAAAUGUCUCACUUAGCAACAGAGAUUUUGGGCUGUUUUGACUAUAAGUCGAGAACCACCUAUAAAAAAUCAUAAAUAUCUUGGGUUUUUCUUACAUUGUGUAAACCAUCAGAUCAUUUUAGUGCAUUCUUCUUCAUAUCUUCCAGCUCUGUUACAUCCUUUUGGAAAUGAAGGGAUUAGAACUGCCCACAGUGUUUCAGAUUAGCAAUAGCAAUAGCAUUUAGGCUUAUAUGCCGCUUUACAGUGCUUUACAGCCCUCUCUAAGCGAUGUACAGAGUCAGCCUAUUGCCCCCAGCAAUCUGGGUCCUCAUUUUACCCACCUCGGAAGGAUGGAAGGCAGAGUCAACCUUGAGCCUGUCGAGUUCGAGUCAACCUCAAACUGCCAAAUUGCAGGCAGCCGGGAGUAGACAGAAGUAGCCUGCAGUACUGCACUCUAACCACUGCGCCACCGAGGGUCUCAUGAAAAUGUACCAUAGAUUUAUAUAAAAGCAGUACGCAGUGAGCAGUUUAAAUUUCCUUAACAAUUCUGGGCACAGCAUUUGCUGUUUCAACAGCUGCCGCGGCCUGAGUAGAUAUCUUCAUUUUGCUCUUCUGUAUGAUUCUGAGAUCUUUGUCUUGUUCAAUUUCAGACAAGCAAGACUGAAAUCAGCCUACGUGUGAAAUUAGGGAGUUUUUAUCCCAAUGGGAUUCAUUUUACAUUUACAGAUUUCAACAUUAACACCCCAAAUACACUUUGUUUUUCCGUCUGCCAAUCCUCUUCCCAAGAGCUUUGCAACUUUUUCAGACCAAGAAACGAUUUUUUAAAUCUCAGAGGUCCCCAAUCAAGAGGCAAAAUUCCAGGAAUGGAAAAUGCUGCGUUGAAAUUCUAAUUUCCCUUUGUUUCUCAGAGACCCGUUAAAAUUUCUUACGACCUCGUUUGGAAAACGGGACGUUCAGAAUAAAUAGCGCUUGCUUUCUAGUUAUCCAGAUGUUUUAUUCUUCAGGUCUUUCCCUUCGUGGAGAUAUAAAAUAAAAAAUAAAAAACACC